AUGGAAGGGAUAUCUGUGACUCUGGUGGAUCUUGAAGGCAGGACGUACAAAUGCAAAUUCUGCAAAACCCCUUUAGCUCUGGCUGAUGAACUUGUUUCCAAGGCAUUUCACUGCCGCAAUGGAAAGGCAUACCUCUUUAAUAAUGCAGCAAACAUCAAAGUUGGAACUCUAGAGGAGAGAAUGAUGCUUUCUGGAAUGCACACCGUAGCAGAUAUAUUUUGCUGUCGUUGUGGGCAAAUAGUUGGCUGGAAAUUUGUGGCAGCACACGAGAAGAGCCAGAAAUAUAAAGAAGGGAAAUUUGUUCUUGAAAGAGGAAUGAUCGUUGAUGGAGACGAGUCUGAAUUCAAUAUUGAUACUCAUCCAACUAGGAGUGAUGCGGAAGAUAAAUAG